GUCCCGUCCCGAGUUUCCUGUCCUAGUGACAAAUCGAGAAGAAAAGAUACAAAGAUGCCGGUGGGUGGACGAGUCGCUGGUAAAGUCGGGAUAUACAGCUCCCACUACAAUGGAAAAGGCUACAGUGGCAUAAAUGAGGAGAUCAUCUGGAUCAGCAUAGGUAUGGGGAUCACCAUAGCAAUCCUGAUCACCAUAGCAUUGUGCUACAUCGCCCGUGAAAAGUGUCGCAAGCGGCAUGAGGGAUACUACACGUCCUGACGUAUGUUUCCGCCGCCUUCGUGGGCAUCCUGGUCAUUUAGCCCGACGACACCAGGAAUACUAUUCAGUCCAACCUCGUCGAGAGGCAAGCCGCGGGCUUACUAUAUCACCGUUUGAAUUCUCGUAUACUCUGUUACGGAGGAAAAAGUCUCUGGAAGUCAUAGAAUAGAAAAUGGAUGCAAAGUAUAAUGCUACAUUACCAUUAAAUGGUGUGAAAAUUUAUAUAUUGAUCAAAAUUAAAAAUCUUUGAUUAUAUCUUUUCUCUAAAAAAAAAAAAACCAGUUAAAAUCAAAAGGUAAAAAUUUUUAAGUCAUAAUUAAAGUUUGAAAAUAUUUUAUAAUCGAGAUUAGAUGAAUCAAAAUUACAAAAUGGAGAAAAAAUAUAUCUCGCACACAUUCUAAGAUCCUAGAGAACGAGAUAUAUAUAUACUUAUUUAUAAAGGAAUAUCGAUUCUUCUUUGUAUGAACGUAAUGUUUUAUCAUUCUGUUUUUAUCCUCUUUGCGGAAUACAUUCGGUAUCUCGUUUGCGCAAUGCACACUCAGCUGAUAUCGCGCGUUAUGGGAUUGUAGCCUGGUCUUUUUCUGAAAGAGAGGAUACCUUUCAUACCAUUAGGUACACUGACGAGAAAUAAACAUUUUCGAGAAAGGAGAAAAUUAUUUUAAGGACUUAAAAAGUUUAAUGAAUACUUCUACUUAAACAGAGAACAAAACAGUUCUGCAACACGUAAUAGAUUAUUCAAUUAUUCUCGACUAAAUUCGAGAAAAACACUGUAAGUAGUAGUACUCCGAUGUUCAAUAAAUUGUGAUUUCUUCUAAACGUAUCUGAGCUUUGUAUCUAUAUAAUGGCGUGGUGUAUGUAUAAGCGUAUGUAGACAAUGGACUAUUAUUCUCAUUCGCAUCUAUACGUAUCCUAAGAAAGAGUCUCCUAACAGUAUUAAAAUAGUGUUUCUAAGACAACACAACACGUUAGUUAGUCAAAGACUGCACUGAACAGAUAAAGGACAAAUUAUGUGCUAGACAGUUUAACUGCCGAACAAAUAGACACGAACUAAAAUCAAUUGAUUUAUGCAAACAUAUAUAUGUAUUUUUUGAAAUUUGAAUGUCGAGUAGAAAGAUAAAUUUAUGAUUUUACAAAUCUGCAUUCUUCAUUCUGUGAAAAAAGAUCUCAUUUUUUUACAAAUUCCCGCUAGCGAGAAUUAAAAUAACCAGAAUAGAAAUAAAGAGAACGGAAAAAAUUCAAUAACUGUAGAAUUACGUAAUCUUAAAUUUUGAAAAAUACAGUUUCAUUGCCUGACGGAGAUUAUUAUAUCAUUGCAACUUUAAAAUACAUUUUCAAUUUUUAUGAUAGUUUUAUUGAUUCCUUAUUUUUAAUCCAUUUUUAUCACAAGCAUGAUUUAUUAAUAUUUUUCGAAAAAUCUAUAAAAAUACAUAAAAAUUUGAAUAUCGUAUUUUUCACAUUAAAUAAAUUUAAUAAUUAAUAUAUAAUAUAUUUUCUGCAAUAUUUGCAGUAUAUUUAAUGCCAAUUGUGUUAUAUAGGCGUUCUAAUCACGAAUGCGUAUACUAUCGCCCGGAAUGUCGAUUCGUUAUUUAUUCAGUACCUUCUUUAGCUCGGGACAAAUAAAAGUGUCUCAUCAGAGCGCUCUCAAGUAGAAAAUUCUCCCUUCGAAUAAAAACUGCAGUGAUUUACGACUAUUACGAGCACAAUUUGAUCCUUUAUCAUGCCAUAAAUUACAAGCCAAAACUUCAAGUCCCAUUCGAAAAGAUAAAAAUUAUUGGAAAAAUCUUUUCAUUUUUUUUCACAGAUACAGUUCUAAAUAUGAGUUUUACAUUUUUUUAAAAACGCAAGAGUUCUAAAGUUUAUAUUAGGCCAGAUAAUUCUUUUGUAUUAAUCCAUUUAUUAUAAUUAACUUUGUUAUACAUGCUUUUCGCGUUUCGAUAUCCAUAACGUUAUCACAUUACGAUAAAAUUUCAAUCUCCCGUUUCUUUUGGUUUUUAUCCGCGAUGACUUGAGAAAAUCGCUUAACCCAUUCAAAAAUCAUUCUCUUAUAUGCUUUCCUGCUUCGAUCCAUAACUUCGAUAGCACUUCGUAUUAUUGGGACUCUUGUGCAACUGACGAUAUUUUUUAUGACAGUUCCGUGAAACAUACGUUGUCUAUAAAAACGUAUAUUUAUAAGUAAGAUUUGAAUCAGUUUCAUCACCCUAUCCAUUCAUAUACUCUUUUCUUAAUUUUUAGAAUAUAUCCAAAAAUAAAAAAAAGAAAAAAUUAUGAAAUAUUAAAAUAAAAAAAAAGAAACGUUUUCAUUAUUUAAAAAAAAAAAUUAAUGACUUAACACACGCAUAUAAAUUGCGAUGUGCAAAUAAUAUCUUUUAAAUCGUAAGUCGAUCUUGAAAUAAAAUUGUAAUACUUGAGUGCACAUAAAUAAAAAUUCUCAUCCCUUCAACAAAAUCCUAUAAAAUAUGAUGAUAUUGAGGAAGAUUAUUUUUGGCAACAAAUUUCCAAAGUGUUAAUUGCGUUUGAUAACAUGAUAAAUUAAGUAAAAAUGUAACGUUUUACGGAAAUUUUUACAUCUAAAAAGAGACGUCGAGAAUUGAAAACAGCUUUAAACACGUAAUUUUUACUAUUGACGGGUUUCUUUUUUGCAUGAACACCGGAUACGUUCAAACGACUUUUUCUAUAGCUGUAUACUCUCACUAGAUAUAACUUGAACUUCACCAGUGCAUCUACUACUAGUAAUUAAUGCAGUACUUUAGCUACGUAAUCUCGAAGCUACGAAUUCAUUCAGUAUAACGUGUAAGAAUUGACCAAAUUCUAGAAUAUAUAUCUAAACUGAAAUUAUACUCGAACUUCGAUCUAAAGAUAUCGACUUCUAGAGAAACUAUUAUACAUAGAGUAAUGAGGAUAUUUGUUGUUAGAGCAGAAAAUUUUUCCGAAGCCUUGUUCUUCGAAGAUGGUGAAAUUUUAUGCAAUUAUAUAAAGAUAUUUGUUGAAAACUAAAAGUUUACAACAAAUGAAAACUGUCUGCCCCUUCUACAAAAAUAUAUGCGAAAAUGUUUCUCAUAUAUAGAAGAGAAAUAUAUAAAAUUAUAAAAUAUAAACAUGUUACAAUUCGAAAGAGACCACGGUGAUCAAUAUAUGUAGCUUCGGGCAACUCCACGUGUAGAGUUAUAUAUAUUGUUAUGACGUGAAAAAAAAUAUAAUAUAGAUAACACAUUAGAAAGAUCUGAUAUAAGUGCGAAGCGGCCGGCUGUCAAUCAUGAAAAGAUAAAACUGGGAAUAAACUUCACAAGCACUCACACACAUACAAUGUGUAUUAUCUCUGUCUUAUUUGUAAAAAUACACAGUCAAUGCACGAUUUAUUCGUCUUCAGAUAUCAAAAAAAAAGAGAUUAUUGUAAUUAUUGACACACUCGUUUUCUCGUCCAAUAUAUUUACAGCUGAUGUAAAUAUCAUUAUAAUGUGAAUUUUUAUCUAAAUGAUAAAUUAUUCUUGUAGUAUUAUAAUUAUAUAUUCUGAUCCGUGAAAUGGACUAGAAGAAAAGUUUGUUUAACUCAUCAGGAGUUAAUCUAUUCAAGAAAAAAUAUUUUAAAUCUUCAUUAUUGUAUAUCCAUUUUAAUAAUAGAAAAUUUGCAUUUAUAUAAUCGUUAUAUAAUAUCCGCGUGUAACUGUGUGAAUAACAAACAAUUUUUGUAAUUCGAUUUGAAUCAAUCGAGAUAAUGAAAGAGACCCGAUCGUUACUGGCGGAAUUAUUAAUUAAUUUCAAGGUACUGUCCGCGUUGAAGAGGUUUGAUAUGACCGGUAAUCUCGCACAUGAAUAUUCCUCGCGCGUGAAAUUCAUUAUCGUGAACUUUAGACAUAUGUAUUUUGUAAUUGUUGAGGAAGAGAGCUACACGCACCUGCAAAGCGCACACACAUAGCGCUUAUUUUACAGAUUUUAAAUAUAGUAUUAUUAUUAUAUUUAACGCGCGCGGCACUUUGUGCGUACGUAUGAUUGUAUACACUUGAUAGUUCGUAUUUCUAUCGAAAGUAGAAGAGAUACCGUGCGAUACUAUAUCUGCAAAUGACCAACUUGAUAGAUCGCUGUAUGUAUUAAUGACGUACUAUUUCUUCAUUUUUGCGUUUGUAAUGAAUAAACUAUUAUAUCGUACCGAAUUUUUCUAUCACGUUUCCUUAUCCUUUAUAAUUUAUUAAGUUGAUUUCAUAAAAUAAAUGUAUAUUGAAUUAUGAAUAAAGGGCUUUUUAAAAAUCAUCAGUCAUCAAGAAACUAAAUAACUUUAAAUUAUCAGGGACAUUAUAUGUCAUUCUGUGACAUAAUCAAGAAUAUAGAAAGUUUUAUUCAAAAGUUGAUCAAUUUUUAAUCACCUUAUAUAAAGAACUUUUGUGGGAGAAUUUAUCAAUUAUUUAAAUAUACUUUAUAUAAGUCUAGGAAAUGGAAUAUGUGAUAGUGAAAGAAAAGCGUAACGAAGACAUUUUCAAGUCAGUGAUAUACAGCUUUGUACAUUUAUUUUGUAAAUCAUUAUUUCCAAAUGAUAGUGAUAAUAAUGCUACCAAUAAUAUUAAUAUAAUAUAUAUAUUUUGGUGAUGCCAUAACACCUGACAAUUGACCAUGUCUAUCUAAGUAAUGUACAACGCUUAAUAAUGAAUAAGAGAUUAGUACCAAUUCUCGUACACUUAACUAUCGCAGGAACUCUCAUGGUGAGUGAAACAAAAAAGUAUGUUGUGUGCGAGCUGCCUUUAAUUGGCUCUUCUUAUUAACCCCUAUCGUUCCGUGCCUGUAUUCCAUUAUUCUACUGACUAUGUAGUUCCCGCCAUAAGACAGAACAAAAAAUAUACGAAAAACGCACUAAGCUUCUGUCUGUAUGUUGAACGCACAUAUUAUAUUAAAUGUUACAUUACGUGAUCGGACCUUAUAUGGUAUCAAGUUUCUUGGACGAUGUUGCGCUAAUUUCUCUGUCGGUUCGCAUUCGUUGAUAGAAUAUGCGGGAAGGUGCGAAUAAACUAUACUAAACAAUCAUAUUAAAUUUAAUUAUAAUAUCAAAAUAAUAUCUUAUACAUAUAUAUAUAUAUCGCAAAAAUAUAAAAGAAAAUUAGUAUGUAAUAUAUUUUGAAUUGAUUUCUAGUUUUCGAUAGAAAAUUAUUUCACAUUUUUAUAAAUUAGAUAAUAAAAUAUUUAGAUAUAUUUUUAGAUAUUUGGAUAUAUAUAAACAGCAUGCGCGCACACAUAUAUACACAGCAUAUAUAUACAAUAUACGAUUCGAACCGCCAGAGACGCGCAUAUGGGGAGAUUAAAAGUAAAAAUUUUUAAACAUGAUUUCUUCAUAAGCCUCAAGCUCACGUACAUAUUUUCUAAUCUUUUUCUUAUAUAUGCAUAUAAGCAUAUAAUAAUGAAACAAUCAGACACACAUUUACAUACAUGUAUUCAUACAUACAUACAUAUACAAAAAUACAAUCCUGUUGCUGAAAAAAGUAUUGUGAUGUUUGAAUUAAUAUUUCAAAAAAUAGCCAGAAUACGUCGAUGUAUUAUACAUAGACGGCAUAAGAAAGAGCAUAAUAUGUUCAAGUUGUAUCCGAUGAGAUGAAGAGAAUUUGAAUUUAUAUAUUUUAUAUUAAAAUUACCUCUUGAAGUUUACAUCAGCGCUUGCCAAACAAACAGCCUCAUUUCUUCAUUUCUCCUCUAUAUAUACAUACGCCAUACUACUAGUAAAACAAAGUAGCACUCGGAGAAGAGUCUCUCCAAAACAUCCAUUUCCAAGAUCAAACUCGACGAUUUUGAAUAAUAUUUAAAAUAAGUACACCGUACGAAUUGUGAACUUACGCAAAUUAG